AUGGCUGCCUGUAUCUUCUGCAGAAUCAUCAAGGGUGAAAUCCCCUCCUUCAAGCUCUUCGAGAGCGACAAGGUCUUUGCCUUCCUCGAUAUCCAGCCUCUGAGCCGUGGCCACGCGCUUGUGAUCCCCAAGUUCCACGGCGCAAAGCUCACUGAUAUCCCCGAUGAGGACCUGCAAGAGAUCUUGCCCGUCGCGAAGAAAAUCGCCAAAGCCACCGGCGCAGAGGACUACAACAUCCUGCAGAACAACGGCCGUAUCGCCCACCAGGUGGUCGACCAUGUCCACUUCCACAUGAUCCCCAAGCCCAACGAGCCCGAGGGUCUCGGUAUCGGAUGGCCUUCUCAGGCGUCUGAUAUGGAUAAGCUCAAGGCUUUGCAUGAGGAGGUUAAGGCGAAGAUGUAAAGUAGAUACUAUACUUACCGUCUUAGCUUAGUUAGGCAGUGUCUGGGUGAAUGGAGGACUGGGGGUGUUUGUGCUGCUGCCCUAUAUAUAUAUUUAUCAAUAUUGGGGUUGAUGUGGUU